CGGCACCGAGGGGCCGGGCCCGCCGCCGGGGGCUGCCGCUGCCCCUCCGCGGGAGGCGGGCGGUCCGGCCGCGGGCGCCUCUGCCGGGGACGGGCGGCGCUGCCGCUCCCCGCCUCCUCCGCCCGGCAGCGGGGCGGGCGGGCAGAGGGAGAGGGGCGCUCGCCGCCGCUCCGGAGCUGUGGCAGCGCAGCCGGACCCUCCGGCCCGCAGCCCGCCGCCCGCCCCGCGCCGCCUCGGCGCCGGCCAUGGAGCUCUGCCUGCGGCUGCUCCUGGCGUCCUGCCUCUCCCUGGGGGCGGCCGGCGAGUUUGACAGAAGGUGGCCCAGGCAAAUAGUCUCCUCCACAGGACUGUGUCGGUUUGGAAGUAGAAUUGACUGCUGCUGGGGCUGGGCCCGACUCUCCUGGGGCCAAUGCCAACCUUUCUACGUCUUAAGGCAGAGAAUAGCCAGCCUAAGGUGCCAGCCCAAAGCUAUAUGCCAACCAGGAUGCAAACAUGGUGAAUGUGUUGGGCCAAACAAGUGUAAGUGCCACCCGGGAUACACUGGAAAAACCUGCAAUCAAGAUCUAAAUGAGUGUGGACUAAAGCCACGGCCAUGCAAACACCGGUGCAUGAAUACCUACGGCAGCUACAAGUGCUACUGUCUGAAUGGCUACAUGCUUAUGCCAGAUGGAACGUGCUCAAAUGCCCUUUCAUGCUUGAUGGCAAACUGUCAGUAUGGCUGUGAUGUACUGAAAGGGGAAGUACGCUGCCGCUGUCCUUCUCCAGGACUGCAGCUAGGGCCUGAUGGCAGGACUUGCAUAGAUAUUGAUGAAUGUGCUACUGGGAGAGUUAUCUGUCCAGAAUUUAGGCACUGCGUCAAUACUUUUGGAAGCUACAUUUGCAGGUGUCAUAAAGGCUUUGAUUUAAUGUACAUGAGAGGCAAAUACCAAUGCCAUGAUAUAGAUGAAUGUUCCCUUGGCCACCAUCAAUGUGGUAGUUUUUCACGAUGUUACAAUACACCAGGAUCUUACAAAUGCAAGUGUAAAGAAGGGUACAGAGACAACGGAACAAACUGCAUACAAAGGCCAGUGAUCAGGCCAACAACUCAACCUACACCCGGGCCAACGACUCGUACUACACCCCGGCCAACAACUCGACUGACACUAAAGCCAACCACUAGGUAUGUGCCAGUGACAACAAGGUCAGUAACGAAGCCAGUGAUGAGGCCUCCACCUCCAACACCACCUCAGCCUACGACACUAAGACCUACACUACCACCACAAAGAACUCCUUUGACAACAACUGAAGAGCCUCCACAUGUUCCCAUUAAAACUACAUCUUCCCAAGGAAUUACAGAUGACAACAGGAUCCACCUAGAUCCUCAGAAACCCCGAGGAGAUGUGUUCAUUCCACGCCAGCCUGGAGUGAGCAAUAAUCUGUUUGAAAUACUUGAAAUCGAAAGAGGGAUUACCGCUGAUGAAUUUGAAGCGAACGAUGACCCAGGUGUGCUGGUCCACAGCUGUAAUUUUGAUAGUGGACUGUGUGGGUGGAUGAAGGACAAAGAUGAUGACUUGCACUGGGAACCAGUGAGAGAUGAAUCAGGGGGACAGUACCUUACCAUCACCGACCCCAACGGCAAAGAAGGAAGAGUAGCGCAUCUUAUCCUGCCAUUGGGUCACAUGGCUCAGGCUGGUGACUUGUGCCUGUCAUUUAGGCAUAAGGUGCCCGGACUGCAUUCUGGAGCCCUCCGAGUCUUUGUAAGGAAAAAUGGUGCCCACGGACCAGCUGUUUGGGGAAGAAAUGGUGGCCAUGGCUGGAGACAGACACAUAUAACUUUACAAGGACUAGGCAUCAAGAGCGUUAUUUUCAAAGGGGAGAAAGGGAAAGGAAGAACUGGAGAUAUUGGACUAGAUGACGUGAUCUUGAGGAGAGGACGCUGCCCUGAAGAGCAUUAGCAAAGACAAUGGACCAGCACAGUCACAUCCUCUAGCCCUUCUCGUGCUAUUCCUACCAAACUUUGAAACAGAACUGCACAAAAAGGAAGAAAAAAUUGGAGAGUGACAACUUCUUAGUGGUUUGUUUAAGUGCAAUCUCACUCAAACUUCAUUUAAAAACAUGGGGAGCGCCUCCCAGGAUUCAGGAACUCCAAUCGCGUGCUGGUUGUUUCUAUUAAUCCUUACCCCUGAAUCGUAUUUUGUAUGCAAUAACUUUAUGCCCUGUUAAGCCUAGUGAGUGCUCACAGGAAGAGCACUUGUGAAAAAGGGAGAAUUAAUCACAAAUGGUGGCAAAAAAAAGCUCCAGCUGAGAAAGUUUUAGUGGUAACUGACAGUCAUUAUCUUCCUAUCACAGUGCUACUCUUUCGUUGAUUAGAUUUGAUAUACAGUGGGAUUGAUCUUGCUUCAGUCACCUCAGAUUAGCAGAAGCCUGGACCUGAACUUCGGCUUACUGCCACUGACCUUCGAAGAAGGGCUUGCUUCAUAUUAAAUAGCAUUUAUUUUGGUGUUGUAUCUGUAUUCAAAAAAGCAGUUACAUAGAGUAGGCACUGCAUCCUGUAAUAUUGCUACCGCUGCGUUUUGUGUAUAUGUGUAUGGUUAUUAACAUAUUUAUGUUUUUAAUAUUUACAGACUGUAGUCACAAGGUAAUUGGCAGCUGUGCUUUCUUAUUGUACAAGACAGAGUUCAGCGUAUUCUUUGAUCCCGCUGGUCGCGCCCAUAGAUACGUUACCAAAGCCAGUGAAUGGUGCUCAUUGAAAAACGCGGGUGCAGUUUUUCACAUUGUAAUAUGCUGAAGGCAAAAGACCAAACCCUUACCUGAUGUAAACUGGCAUCCGAUGUGCUGUACCAGUUUGCAUUUAGCUCAGGAGCAAGCCUGAAAGGGCUCUCAAUCCUGCAAGAAAUCCCUGGUUCAGUUGAAGACUGGGCAGCCUGGAGAAGAUAACUCGCAUCUUGUAAGACUGAACCCGUUGACACUACCAGGAUGUUCCCUUCCCACAGGUGGCACAAGCCUACACAUAAGCAAAAAGGGCAGCUGCAUUAAUGAACAAUUCACCGAGAAAUGCCUUGAGUGAUCUUUAUAAACGUCCGUAUUCCAUCCAGCUCUUCUGUAUAUAAUAAACAUUUUAUUCUUUAGAACUAGAAUAACUAUUAGCUGUAGCUAGAACUACAUAUUUAUCAGAUCUUUGGACUAAUUUUUUAGCUAUGUAUCAUGCAUGUGGUAUGCAGUUUCCCAGGGAACUCUGUUUGGUUUGGGACUUUUAAAUGAGGAACACCAUCAUCAUCAUUGCUGCUAACAAUUCUAAAUUUGACGGCGUAAUUGUAACAUUUAAGAACAUGAGAAAAGAUCGAUAAAAUGUUAGUGGUGCAGCCUUAAAGAUUCAAAAAUGUGUAUAUAUAUAUAUAUAUAAGAAAUAGGUCUCAGAUCUUUUAAAUACAGUGUAAAAUAAGUGUCAGCUUCAUAUCAUGUUACAAAACAAUCAUUAAAAACAAUUCAUGUUAAGCGUUGUACAAAGUCCACAGAGACAGAAUUGCAAGACCAUUAGAGGUCGUGUUCUAGACCCCUGCCUCUGACAAAGCACUGUUUAGAAAAUACUUUUCCAAUUUUGUCCCCUAGGACAAAGCAUGGCAGAAGUUUAUUUGACCAAACAGAUAGUCUCCUGCAGAACUGUAUCAAGUAUUUUGAAAAUGAAAAAAACCAAUGCGUUUGUAAACAUUUUUAAACUGUUUUGCUUCAAAUAUGAUCAAGAUCUUUUUCUCUUAUGUGACUUUGUAAUAUGUCAGAAAUAUUUGUGAAUAGCUGAAAUACCUUGUCCUUAUUUUAAAGUAAUGAGUAAAGGAGGCUGUUGUUUGCUACUAAUUAGAAA